AGCACUCGCGUGUCGUCGCGGCGCUCGAGCCCCAGAGGUUUGCGCCCGUGGCCGCGACGCGGCGCCACGGUGCCCGGGCGAGGGACACGCGCGGCCCGCACUCGCACGGCAAAGCCGCCAACGUUGCUGCCUGCUGCGAUAUUGCGUGCAUGCCGAGUGCGGCGGUGCGUGGUGGCGGCCUCUUUGCUCGGCUGGAAGACCAGAGGAGCACGGGAUGAGAGCGACCGCAGUGUCGUAGGACUACGAUGCGUUGCCCGUGGCCGGUCGGCAGCCCCACAACGACACCGAGCAAGGAUGCUGGGAGCGCACGCAAUUGCCGUGGAUCUCGUAUCGCCCGCAAGCAGCCCGAUGCAGCGAAUGGCGCCGCUCCCAGCAUCGCACUGUUGCGGCUCCGGUCGCCGGUGGAGCGGCCGCCGCUGAGGGAGCUCUGAGCGCCGGAGGCCUGAGCUGACAGGCGACGGACUAUGCGUCGACCCGCUCCGAGGAGAGAGCGCCCAUUCGAGACGCCUUCUCCUGCGGCAGUUACUGUUGUUGUUCCGCUGGCGUGGUGCGAUGGCGGCGGCUCGCCCGCGGUGGGCCGCCCCGCUUGGUCGUCGUCGUCGCCUCCAACGGGGCACGUCGUAGUCGUCGCCCGCCCCGCGCCGGUGGCCCGUGAUUCGUGAGACGACGUCGGUGCCACGAUGCCCGUUCGCAGGGGGCACGUUGCCCCCCACAACACCUUCAUCGACUCCAUCAUCCGCAAGUUCGACGGCAUGAACCGUCGCUUCUUGGUGGCCAACGCUCUGGUGGACUCCCUGCCCAUUAUCUACUGCAACGACGGCUUCUGCGAGCUGGUGGGCUACACCCGGGCCGAGCUGAUGCAGCGCUCGUGCGUGUGCGAGUUCCUGCACGGUCCACUCACCGACCCGGACGCCGUGGCCGCCUUCCGGGACGCCCUCGACAACAUGGUCGAGCGGCAGACCGAACUGCUCUACUACCGGAAAGACGGGUCCAAGUUCCUGUGCAGCCAGGUGGUGGCGCCCAUUCGGAACGAGGACGGAGACAUCUGCAUGUUCAUCGUCAACUUCGAGGAUGUCACCGAUGCGCCUUACAAGGCCGACGAGGAGGCCGCCGGGGGACUGGCAGUGGCGGCACCGGGAGACGACCUGGCGCCACUGCCACAGGCGCUGGUCAGAACCUGCGCCCGGGCAGCGGGUCGGAGCCGGUCCCUGCGACUGCGUAUGCCGGGUAGCCGGAGGACGUCGUUCGCGCUCUCCAAGUCCACGGCCACUGAAGAGGACGAUGCGGCGCCGGAGUCCAUGCGUGCCCUGGUCGUGUCCUCGUCGGACACGCCCGAGCAGCAGCCAACCACCACGGUGGUGACGCGGCCGACCAAAGCGGUCGCCGUGUUGGCGCCCUACGAACAGCGCGCCUUGGACAAGGGGGCUCCGCUGCACCGCACCGCCAACAGCGUGGGCAGCCGGGCGCUUCCGAACGCGUCCUCCGAGUCGGACCUGGGCCGCUACGCGACUCUGACGGGCCAGACGCGGGCAAAGUCCCCGUCCCUGAGUCAGGUGACGGUGGACCCCCGCAAGGACAACUCGCACUCGUCGACGGCCUCCAAGCUGGUCCUUAAGGAGGUCCAGUCGCACAGCUUCAAGCAGCACGUCGGAGAGAAGGUGGCCCAGCGCAAGCAGUCUCGAGUCCCACUGGAACGGGGUCGGCCUCCCCAGGGCACCUUGCAAAUCCUCAAGGGAUUCGUUCUGUCGCUGGGCGCGGACGUGCUCCCCGAGUAUAAGCUGCAGAAGCCGAGGACGCACAAGUGGACCAUCCUUCACUACUCGCCCUUCAAGGCGGUCUGGGACUGGGUCAUCCUUCUGCUGGUCAUCUACACGGCCAUCUUCACGCCUUACGUGGCCGCCUUCCUACUGGACCAGCAGAGACCAGACUCGCGCCGUAACCGAAAGUACGGCGACGAUCCCAUCGUAGUCAUCGACCUCAUCGUGGACAUAUUCUUCAUGAUCGACAUCCUGAUCAACUUCCGCACCACCUACGUCAACUCGAACGACGAGGUGGUCUCACAUCCGGGCAAAAUCGCCGUCCACUAUCUGCGAGGCUGGUUCAUCAUUGACGUCGUUGCUGCCAUCCCCUUUGAUCUGCUCCUUUUCGGCUCCGAGACUGAUGAGACCACGACGCUGAUCGGUCUUCUCAAGACGGCGCGCCUUCUGCGGCUGGUUCGCGUGGCGCGCAAGAUCGACCGGUACUCGGAGUACGGGGCCGCCGUGCUUCUCCUGCUCAUGGCCACGUUCGCGCUGAUCGCCCACUGGCUGGCCUGCAUCUGGUACGCCAUCGCCAAUGCCGAACGGCCCUACCGACAGCCCAAGAUCGGAUGGCUAGACCACCUGGCCAACGCCACGCACCAGUUCUACAUCAACGAGACCCAGGGCGGUCCCAGCAUCAAGUCCAAAUACGUCACUGCACUCUACUUCACUUUCUCGAGCCUCACUUCGGUGGGGUUCGGCAACGUGUCGCCCAACACCAACAUGGAGAAGAUCUUCUCCAUUCUUGUCAUGCUCAUCGGAUCGCUCAUGUACGCCAGCAUCUUCGGUAACGUAUCGGCCAUCAUUCAGCGGCUGUACUCGGGCACGGCCCGGUACCACACGCAGCUGCUCAGAGUCAAGGAGUUCAUUCGCUUCCACCAGAUCCCGAACCCACUGAGGCAGCGCCUCGAGGAGUACUUCCAGCACGCCUGGACGUACACAAACGGCAUCGACAUGAACAUGGUGCUCAAGGGAUUUCCGGAAUGCCUUCAGGCGGACAUCUGCCUGCACCUGAACCGGAACCUGCUCAACAACUGCCCGGCGUUCCGCGGGGCGAGUCCGGGCUGCCUGCGCGCACUCUCCAUGCGCUUCAAGACCACGCAUGCACCGCCGGGAGACACGCUAGUCCACCGCGGUGACGUCAUCACGGGCCUCUACUUCAUCUCACGCGGAACCAUCGAGAUACUCAAGGACGACAUCGUCAUGGCCAUCCUCGGCAAAGACGACAUCUUCGGUGAGAACGGCUGCCUGUACGGCACGGUGGGCAAGUCAUCGUGCAACGUGCGCGCGCUCACCUACUGCGACCUGCACAAAAUCCUGCGCGAGGACCUCCUGGACGUGCUGGACAUGUACCCAGAGUUCUUCGACCAGUUCUCCACCAACCUCGAGAUCACCUUCAACCUCCGCGACGAGGAACAGGAAGGGGUCGACCCCGACCUCUUCCGGGGCAAGUCGCUACACAACAGGCCAGCCAGUUCGCCGGAGGAAGGCGAGUCCCGGAGCCAAGCGUACCAGUACCCGCGGGCUCGGCGGAGACGGCGGCGGCGGGGACGUCGCGGUUCGUCGAGCUGCGACGACGGCUUCGGCGGCGGCGGUGGGGGCUUCUCCGAUGACGACGACGACGGCGACGACGGCGGCAUCGGACCGACGGGCAGCGGGCGCCGCACCGAGUCCGGCCGAGGAAUCCUCGAGUUCUCGCCCGAGAAGGCCGGACUCGACGUGACGCCCGCGAACUACGACUUCCAGGAGGCGCACGUCGCCGCCGGAAGCCGCAGCCCCAGCGUCGAGCCCCGACGCCGCAAUGGCACGCUCAACUCCAUCGCCGGGGCCAUCACUAGUGUGGCGAACCUGACCACCGCUGUGUUCGGAACCGGGCCCGGAGCGACGCAUAGCUCCGGCGCCACUCCUUGCGCUGACUCGGGCUCCCGGACUGGUCCAGCAGCUCACGGUCAGCGGUCGUUGAGUCCGGGACGGGCGUGCGACGAGCGCCAGAGGUCAUCCGCCGCGGGACGUGGUGUGUCACCCAGGAUGAGCCGAUCGAGUCGCAGCAGCCCCGGCUGGUCGCCCAAGGACGAGGCGUCGGGCGCUCCGCCGUCGGUGGCGUCGACCAGGGAGUCUUCGCUGCCGGCGGCGACGGCGCCGCGUGCCUCGGCGCAGUCCAGCUCGAGUGUCACGCUGCCGGUGUCGUGCAGCCCGGCCGGCGGUGCCUCUCCUCCGCAGCCACCUUUUCCGGCCGGGGACGAGGCCCGGUUGGGCGUGCUCGAGUCCAGGAUCGACCAGCUGGCGAGGCAAGUGGCGGCCAUGGAGAGCCGGCUGGCCCUGGACAUGCAAACCAUUCUGAGGCUGCUGAGCCCCGAGAACGCCGAGCGGCGUUCUUGCGAAGCAGCAGGCAGCAGCCCGGCAGCGCGGCCCGUCGACCUACCGCUCAGGGCGGCCACCGCUCAGGGGGGUGCCGCCCCUCUCUCGGUGCCCACGCAGUCGUCGGAGUCGAGCAGGGCGGGGGGAGGUUCGUGCACAUGGCCCGCUGGUUCGGACCCGUGGACAGAACCGUUUCGGAGUGCCUCACAUCCAGGUGACUUGGCUCAGUCGACGAAGCAGCACAAGCCUCGUCUCACGCGGACGCCGGCGGAAGACGACGACUCGCGCGAAGCCGCCACCAGCCCGACGUCCUCUUCGACGUCGUCGGCUGCGAAGGACAGGGUGACCAGUCGGACUUCGGACGUGUGACGGACGGAGGCGGCAGCUGGCCGCGCUCGGACGCGCCCGGCGGCGGCUGCUCGCGUGCCGUGUUUCGGUGAAUGGUGCUGUUCGUUUUUAGCCCCGCACGCUGGUUCCCCUUCAGGCUGCCUUCGCUUCUUCGUUCAGUGCCUCUCCGGUGAGUGAUGUGCGACCAAACCGUCGGCGGAUCAUCCCGGACGACCGAGAGCCUCGGAUGGCGACCACGCCUUUCCCAUCACUUGUUCUGGAACGCCCGGGGCGUGACUUCGUGUUGGGAGCCGUUCGCAUAGCCACAGCGCAUACAGGUUCGCUCGCUAGGGAGUCCACGGUAACUCGCUGUAUGGUAGUUGGGAGAAGAUGGACCUUUAGGCGCAAGUUGGAAUAAGUGAACAACGAUACCGAAUCUCCCGCAUAAUACGCGGUUCCCCGUGUUCGUAAACUCCGCAUUUGUCUUUAUGUCUUGACCAGCCCUUCUCGAGCUAAAGGCAAUCGAAUAAUUGGUGGCCAACUCGCUCAUUGAAUAGGGUGGCGUGAGAUUGAAUGAGGACAAAGAUAUCUUUAUAGCAGCAUAUAGCCAACAUUACUUGACAUUAGCCGUCACUUAGCCGACAGGUAGCCAAUAUUAACCUGUGGUAGCCAACAUUAGACAAUUCUGGUAGUAGGCGAUUACAUACGGUAGUAGAUUAUGUCAGAAAUUAUUGUAGGUGGCAUCACACCCGUUUAUGGAAGGUGGAAAGUGGCCCAUGGAGGCGGUGUCUUCAAAUAAAGAAGCAGUCUAGGCUGGGUUCCUCGGCGACCUAUGCUUCACUCCAAUAACGCGCGAUCGAAAGGCAGACAGCGUCGGAUAGCGCUAUAAGUGUAUUGAAAAGUGUGUUCUUGAAUUGUAAAAAAAAAUGUAUAUAGGGUGCGGCUCAGGUUUCGUAGACUUUUCUCGAACUGUUUACAGUUGCAUAUUAGUGGCCGAUUGAACAUGUCCUUCAGUUUUCACAACGCCACGCAGCUAUUGUGAGAAUGGCCUCGGAGGAAAAAGGACGUCUCGAUCUACUUUCAGAGCAAAUCUCGUUUUGAGUGGUCAUUCUAGUCACGCUACUCAGGUUCUGAGAGUUUACUUUGCAAGCCAUUUUGCGGACUCGGUCCCCAGUUACGAUCAUAAUUUAUAGGCAAGAACGAUGGCUUACUAACGAACAUAAACCACCAACAUAAUGUCAGAUGUCUAUUUCUUUCCAUGUUGCCAUAUCAGUUUCGUAUUGUCUCGAGUGUUCUUAAUGGUACUCAGGUAUUUUAAACACUGCGCUUCAGUUUGCCCUCUCUGCUAUAGAGUCACACAAACCGAGCUUCACUAUUAUAUCUCCAGAAUUCAAACUCCCAGAAUGACGCAAUCAAUUGCGUGAUUCGCUGUUUCACCAAUUGAUUAGCAUAAUCAAGGACGCGGUGAAAAAAAAAAGCAAGAGGUCAAAGCCUGAUUUUAAACGGCGUCCUCAUGUACGCCUCGUCUCAAAAGUUAUGUGGUAGUCGAGGCUACGCGGUCAUCGCUCACAAUUUUUGCUAGCCUCGAAUGUGGUAGAAGCAAGUGUAAUUCAUCUACAGCAAUAACGUAAUCAAACAGAAUCUGUUAAACUAUAGAGUCAAUAUUGGGCACGAUCUUCUAACUGUUGGGUACACACCUUGUACACAAACAUUUCAGUUGAAAAGAAGGUUUCUAAUGCUUGCGCAGGUUCCAGUAGUCUAACCUCGACGAGGGUUUGAACACACGACAUUGCCACAAUAACUCAGACGAAGAUCGGUAGGGGCUUUGAAUAUGUCGAUGAAAAGCAAAGACACGACACGCAUCGUUCUCACCUUUCGUCGACGUCUUUUAAACGUAUCCCCAUCUUCGUCGCGCUAAAACUCCUCACCGCCGCGGCGGUCGCAUUUUCGACGGAGGCGAAAAUGCUUGAGGCCCGUGUACUUAGAUUUAGGUGCGUGUUAACGAACCCCCAGGUGGUCCAAAUUUCCGGAGCCCUCCACUACGGCGUCCGUCAUGAUCAUAUAAUAGUUUUGGCGCGCUAAACUCCUGCAAUUAAUUAUAUAACUAAACCGACUAAUCCGGCUAGCUGUAUUUACCACGAUACUAUGCUUACAAUACGAGACUGUAAGCAUAAUAUUUACUUCCUACUCCGUACUCGCAAGCAAUAGUCUGUGUAACCAGAUUUACAGAGCCUUAAUUAAUACCAACAGACAAUGAAUCCAAGGAAGGUAUAGAAGGCGUUGUUUGUAGUCCUUUAACUAUAACGUAGUAAUUAUGAUACAAAUGCGAAGAAAUUAAAGUGGACGAAAAGACAACUUGCCGCCGGCAGGAGACCGAACCUGCAACCUUCAGAUAACGCGUCCGAUGCUCUCUAAUCCGCUUCUUUAGAUUUACACAAUGACUGCGCCUGCUUUGAUCUUGCCUCCAUCAGAGGCGCUAAUUACUCUUGUCGAGGGUUUACUCUCUUGCAGACUCUAAAGCUAAGCUGCGAACUUUAAUUUCAGCUCGCUUCUUAUUUUGUACUGGAAUAUGAGGAAAACAUUCGUGCUACUCGGAUAUCUCUCGCGUACCGUGCGUUGUUUGGCAACGAGCAGCUCUCAACACGAAGUGAACGCCCCGAAGGCUGUUAGGCGAUCGCCUUCCGUCGCUCUCUCCUGCUUGGCCUUCAGUUCAUCGAAACGAGAAAAAAAAAGAUAGUGAGAGAGACAGACAGAGACUGCCGCCUCUUCCAAGACUACUCGAGAGGACAACAUCGCCCACACGCGUCACCUGACAUUCCUGGAAAGAAAAAAACCUAUUACGGCGCAGCAUCAGCAGCGGCGGGAGCUCGCUGCUGUAAACCACUGCGCCUUGUUGUUUGCGCUUCUGUGAUUUCCUUCGUGUGCGGAUAAGCAAGGAACGGUGUGAUCAGAGUUGUGUGCAUUACGAAGAAGGAUGCCGGAGCAGAGUGGGACAACGCGCCUGCUUCGGUGAAUCCCCACCCCCCAUCCCUACCACGCAACGCACCUUCGAAACGGAUCUCUUUUGGAUUUAUUAUAAGUACGUUCGUAUAUUUUGAAUUUGACGCGCGCGCUCUCCUGUCGAACUGGAACCCGCACCAAAAGCAAGAAGGUGCGCCCGAGUGCGUAAGUUCCGUGGGUGGAAAAGUCUCCCGCCGCCGGUAGCCCACCACGAUGUUGUGUACGCGCACUCGAAGGACCCACGACGGCUACUCUCCCGUCGCCCAUGUGCGGGUUUGUUGUUGCUGUUUUAUUUUUAAUUUUUGUUUUUGUUUUAGCGUUUUCAUCUCUUCGGCGGCACGAUGUUCUAACACUCGGCAUAUCGUUUUGCCACCUCUCUCUUCUAGGAUCAGUCACAAUUGAAUUCAAGGUUCGUGCUUUUUCUGAAUCCCCCCAAAAGCCGCCCACCCAUUCCCAGUCCCGUUAGUUCGCAAUCGUUGCGCGGUCAUCUCCUUCUUCACACGGUCGGCGAACUGUAGUGGUACGCUCGUUUCCGCCACCACGGAGGACGAAGUGCUCGCUCCAAACAAAAAAAAAAGCGGGCGAGAGAGUAGCUUUUAAGGAUUUCGGCUUUGUCGACGUAGCUGUGGCCUUGUACCGUGCGCAGAGAAGGCGAGCGAGCGGUUUGUUUCUUUGAUUGAAAAGGUGUGCAGUGUUUGUCGAGAGUGCACACGUCGCGAGGUGGAUGAGUCGCAACCGGUGUGUGCUGCGGAAACCCAUUGCGUCACGUCUGCGUGCUCCGGGGCGCAGCAGAUAGUGAGCGAAGCUAUAGGUGUUGAUCGAGAUUAUUAUUUUUUUUUUCGAACGACAGGAUUACGCGCGGGUGUCCGCACUGCACUUGUCAACGACUCUGUCUGUGUGUGUCUCGUGGAGCAAAAUCAGGGUGGCCUGGUUGGGCGUUCAUCAAAACACUCGCUGAGCCGAGUUAUACAGCGUUAACCCUGACAGGCAUAGGUGCUCGCAGGUUUCCCCAUUGGGGGCGGGGAAGCAAGCUUUACCGACCCCCCACCCCCUUCCCCCUGUCGUUCACGUCCGAAAAAAAAAAACCGAGCUUCGCAGUGUAUGCAAAAGUGAAAAUGAAACGAUGACAUCGUCCCCACAACGACCUAGAUUUGAUCCCCUGGUUUCCAGGGAUAAAAGUGGGAAAUUAGCAGUUCUUAGAAUGCACCAUAAGGUAUCCUCGGCUGCCGAUAUCGUCAAAAACCUGCAUCGCCAUAACCAUGCACAUUAAACAAUGACGGGGGGGGGUCCAACUGUGGUCCAACUGACCAUAGGUACGGGGCAGACUUGGCGCCCUCUUAGAUGAUUAGCCCCCCCCCCCCCCUUUCCCCUUUGCGCUACGCCUAUGCUGACAGGCCACCGUACGCCCACUGCCACUCGUGACAUCCACCCCGACUGACGCGCUUUCGACAAUUACUGCAUUCUGUCGAGCCAAGGUUAUCAGAGAGGGCGUACAAAACACAGAACUACGCUUCGCGGUUAUAGAGUUACGGUACUUGUAACGCAACGAGGUGUAGAUCGUCGACUGCGCGCCACGUUAUUAAAUUCUGGACGACCCGUGACGCCCCUCUCUCGUAGUGAGAACAGUGGAUGACGGAGUAGCAGAAGGUUUAACGACCCAAACUCAACCUCCCUCCAUCUCUCCGGGGUUCGGAUGUAGAAUAAGCGCGAUCGCAGGUUAAUCCAAGUGCGAGUUCGCGUGUCGUAGCGAGCGAGGGAGCCCCGCUCCCGUUAAUUAAUUAUACAGGCGUCAGGUACUGCACCAUUCCAUUCGCGUCUUUAGCAAGUUUUAGGGCACGUUUCACUGGCGAUCCUGUACGGAGCACGUUGUAUAGUUGUCCCCGCGCGUAUGCACACGGCGGGACGUUAUCGUAGCCUUUUCGGAACACGAAGAACGAGCAGCCCGCUCGUGAAGGUAGCUGUUUGCUCCUUGUACGAGCCGUACUUAUUUAUUCCUGCCAAUUAACGAGAGCUCGAGAGUUGUGCAGCCACGCAGGUGACGUCACAUUUCCCCGGAGAGCUUCUGUAGCAGUUAUCGUUUUACGCAUCGGAUCGCGCAGUUCGCGUGCGCGCGUGACGUUCGAAGCAUCCUAUCUGCACUGGACAGUUACAUCAGUUUCAGAAGUAUUUUUUUUCUCUCUCUCUCUCUCAAACACUUAUUCUGCACUCGGGACGUUUGAUUAACGAUGCUUUGGAAAGCUCGUCUCGUCGCGAGAGAUAUUAGCCUUAGCGCAGAGCGAACCCAAGCUCACGAAAAUUCGGACGACCGAAUUACUUCUCCAGAGUAUUAGUAACAGCACGGCGCUUCGCUCAUGCGUGGUCGCUCAUUCCUUUCGCAACCCCUUUGGAAUCGGCUUGGCGAGACGCUGGUCGGUUGUUAUGCUAUAACAAUGCCGGCAGCACGAAAGCCAAGCACGGAAAAACUAGAGCAAUAUCAUGCACGACCACGGCGUUGGCGUUUGCGCAAAUAGUGGGCAAGAAAACUUGCCGGUAGCACGGUAGAAAGGAAGACUGAACAAAAAAAAAAAUAUCGUCGCUCGUGUCUAAGCUCACAUACUUACGAGGUAGAGCUCUCGUCAUGUAAAACCAUUAACAUUUGUGCACAUUCUGCUUAAGCGUAGGCUGUAGAAGUAGUGAUCGAGUGAGGAACUUCUUUCAUUGAGAAAAAAAAAUAAUACAGAGCAAUGUGUCUGGACCACACCUCUUUGCUUCGGCACAAAUUUCGCGAGAUUGCAGUGUGCACUUACAGCACGCAUAAAACACGAAUUCUCAGGAACACAACACUCAUCAUUGCGAGCUGAUAAACCUGCAAUGCCCGUUAAAAGGAAAAAAAAUGGAACUCGCUCGCACUUCGGCAAAUUCAAGCUUCGAUCGACAUCUCGCCUAUUUUGAUCGCAGAAGCGUUGGGUCAGCUAGCGCGACGACUCUUGUCAGCAUAAAGUACACGCGCUUUUUGAAAUACUCAUCACAUUUUGUGUCGAGCCUACGUCAACAGUGGUACUCGACGGAACAAAAAAAAAUUACGCUGCUACGCUCUUUCGUGUUGCUAUUUAUUGUUCUUGGUUCUUUGCAGCCGUUGAUUCAUCCGCGUCAGACAAAGGCGCCGGUGAUUUUUUCUCGCACCGACGUAUACACAUAGCGUACGCAUCGGAGUGCCUUGCCGCAGGCUAAAAAGCUGUCGCGCCCAUCGCAAUCCCCCCAUCGCAUUCACACGUGAGCACUUGAAACUCUUGUUAAACGCUUAUUUUUCUCGAAGACCCGUUCGACGACAAAUCUUUGUGCAGUGUUGUUCCGUUACGUUCCGCCCUUCGUGUACACUCACAACGGUGAUGUUUCCUCAUCAAGUAAAUGUGUACGUCAACGGAGAGGUCGCGUUCUUAUUGUAUCGUAAUACACCAGUAUCACAAGCAAGCACUGAAGGUAAAAAGAAGAGUAAAAGGAAAGGCGACAGAGCGUGCGUGCUUCGUUGCUUGAUACUGAGCGUCAUCUUUUUCGGUUUCGAGCUUGGCUCGCUUCCUUCAGCCUCGUUUACGUGCCCUGACGUUAGUGCGUGGCCGCCGUCUUUUCCCCGAUUCUGCAAAUAAUUCGCGCCUGGCCAUAGUUGGCCCUUUAUACUCCGAACCUAACGACCAAGGCGAUGUCGCGUAAUUCGUCCGUCGAGAACCACCAAACCUGUGAUUCCUACUAUACCCCGGUAAUUUGUCCAAACUGCUAUAAUAUCCGUUGCUGUUACUGUAACAGCGUCUACUGAAGCAUGGAAACGCGCUGUACACAGACCACUGUGACUGUCGCGUUGGUAGGAUGAGUUGUUGAUCUCUGUGCACACCCUGGGUCGUCUUGCAGCUGUACCAAAUGUCCUGUCAAAGAAAGAUUCCGUAGAGCCAAGUGUAACUCUUAUCAGAAGAAAGUACUUAGCACGUCGUCCGAUUUCUUUCGCCGCAGGGCUUGCUCUCCUGACAGAAGUGGACGGUGAGGUAUAUUCUUUGCGUAAUGGCAAAUUUAACCUAACAUUACUUUUUUUCUUGCUCUCGUGGCAUGUAUGAAAGACAGCACCAUAUCAUGUAACAACGCUCUAAAGGCGUUCUUAGCGAAUGUGCGCAUCUGUCGUGAUCUUGCACGAAUAGACUCGUUCUGGGUAUGCGCGUUGCGUUCCUCUGUAGCUUACUCGUAGUGCCCUGCCUGAAGUCACUUGCAGAAAAGUCGACCCUGUUUGAAUCCCUUGUUACUGACAACUAGAUCAGCGUUGAAAAAAAAAAUCUCGAUAAAGUUCCGACGUGAUCAUGCUCCAAUAUACCACAAAUCGCAUAAUAUCCAGUUCGUAGGACCUAAGUUUCCUAAAACGUCAGCACCUUCGUAACCAAAUCAAGCGAGUUGGCACAAUCAGUCUUUCUAAUGAUGUCAGUGGACGUUAAGCAAGUUAGCGCUGUCGAACUUACCGGAAGCGGUGAUGCUGUGGUAACGUUCAAGUUUGACCGUGCACGGAUGUUCUAGCGGGAAGGUCAUUUGGAUAUACCUUCGCAUCCCGCGCACUCACUCCAGGCAAAAUGAUAGCUCGAAAUAGAAACCAACUCGCCUACUGAGCCUCGGUUUCGUGCGCCUAAGUCAUUUCGCAUUACCUGGGAGUGCGAUAGAACUUGUUUAAAAGUGCGUACGCCACCACAGGUCCGGCUUUUCUUUAAGUGCCUAAUUUUGGGAAUUCCACUCGCGCAGUAGCAGUUCUCGCAACGGUGAUGCUAUUCUCCGCAAUGUUUAGGCAACUUUUUGAAAGACUAAGGUCUUUACAGUCAGAAGCGAGCCUUGAUGCAACUCUUCUGAGGGAACAAUAGCACGAAACAGCUAAUGUGUUUGGCGUCUUGAGUUUAGACCAUAAUGGCCCUGAGUAAAAGUUUAUAACAGAGUGGCUUUGUGUGCUGGAAAAUGACCAAAACGGCAGCAGUUUAAGACAGGUGUCCUACAUGUCUGAACGGUUCGGCGAUGAAGUUUCAAACAAGGUUGUGGUUCGUUUUAUCUCUGAGUGUAAAGAAUGUUUCAUCUUUUUAUGCAGUGUUGUGCGAGUGCCGUGCGUAAGUUGUGCGUUGGUGAUUAGCGUGUAAUAGUAUUUCCAAACGUGAUUGCGAGCAUGUACCCAUUGCCGGUCGCGUAAUUCACGUGUGUAACCGGUUUAAGGACGUUUAAUUCGUAGGAAUCCCUUUUGUGUUCAUUUUCAUAGGACCGAAGUUAGUUUAUGAGCUUCGAAGCAUAGAAACAGAAAGAGUAGGCGCAGCGAAAUUUUCAGACAUGCGGCUAUAGAUCGACGCCCCGUCUAUCGUUUUUCA